CUGUUAGGAAUGUUCAGAGAAUUUCUGAUCGUCGGUUUCUUGACGUGGCGUAUCGAUUUCGUUUUAUUAACGCGUAAUCAGUGCCCUGAGGAACUAUCCACCGUCGACAGCAUCCAAGGAAAUGUUGGUCGAGUUACUUGGCCGAAGACGUUUUCCCACACGUCGGUUUACUCCGAUCCGUUGUGUCUUUCGGAAGAUUAUCAUCUCAUGAAGAGAGAGUGCUCAGACACAUGGCUUCCCCGGGUAGCAGCAAACUGCAUUUACGUUUCCCCGAGAAAAUCGAAACUUUAUUGCCCUCCAGGAUAUGCAGCAAUCAGUGGCAAGGAAGAUCACGUUUGCAUAAUGGUUUCCAGGGAAAUGUGGGCCAGCACUUGUAAAUUUUCCCCCAAGAUGUUUGAUGACGUGGGGACGGACUUGCUGAUCGCAAUUUUCGAACACCUCAAAAAACGUGGGUUGCAUACAACAUGGCUCCCCGUUAAAAGGUUGGACAAUUUUGGUCCUCUGCUUUGGAUUAUCCCGGGUCCACUCUGGAGUUCGCGUUUUCACAUGUCGGAGGCAUUUAAUGUGACUUAUGGAGAUAGAAGCAAAGGGUGUCUGGUGCUCGAUUUAUCGAAUGGUUUCAACGUGCGGGCUGAGAGUUGCGCCGCCACUCAUCCCUACCUGUGUAUCGUAGAGAAGGAUUAUUUCGUGCAAGGUGCUUGUCCUCCAAAGUACAUUGCCUCGCCAAUUCCGGGGGAUAAACGGUGCUUCAAUCUGGUGAAGAGCGAGGAAAGAAUCGACUGGCGAGGGGCUAUGAACAGCUGCAAGACCGCGCAAAUCGACAAUCCAUUUAUCGAACAAUUAUUUUCUGGAGUGGCAAGGAAACGGGAUUUGGAGGAGACGGAGUUUUGCUGGAUCGGAGGUGACGGCAGAUACACCAGCAACACCGUGGCAAUGGCUGUGAACGGUGAAUCCAGAAAUUUGAAUACCAGCGUUAAGCUGCGUUGCGUCUUCUGCCAAAUUGACACUCCGAUUCAUCCUGCUCCCAGCAUUAGUUUGAAGUUUUAUCAAAACGAUAAACAGCUUCACCUUAGUGUUCACGGUGAUGAAGGUCUGUGGAAGUUAUCAUCGUCCGAUCCCGGAAUUCGAUGUUUUACCGACGCGAACGGCGACUUAAUUCGGAACAUUAAAAUGAAGAGAAUCUCGGACCAGAGAUGGACGUCUAAGGACAUUGAGCCAGACGUCGACUUCGAGGAUCGCGUUGACCUCAACGUGGAUAUCCACAAGACUGUUUAUCAAUUAAAAAUCAGCGAUAGGGGUCCUGGCUCUUACAUUUGUGAUGCUCACACUGUCGGCGGAGAAUUAUUGUCCACGAAACCUGUGAUUGCUUACGACGAUCUAAAGGGAAAUGCGUUCGCGCUGGGGGUUGAGGUCAUCGGUGCUUGUGAAAGCAUAGAAAAAUGCGACCCAACGUUCUACAAUAUGAAUAAAAAACUUGCCACAGACAUCGAGGAGACAACGUCUGAACAGUUGGUAGAGGAUAUCAGAUUGAUGCGAAUCCUCAACAUCACUCCCGACGGUAACGUAAGUGCUUUGUAUCACAUAACCACGAAAUACUUUGACAAUGAAAAUUUUGCUGCAGAGGUUAGCGCGAACGCGUUCAUGAGGUCGAAGCGACUGUUCCAGCUACUUGCUGCGAUGAAUCCACAAAUGUAUAAGUUCAUUUUUUUACGCAACUGCGACGGUUGCUUAAGGUCGGUCACCGGCAAAGGUAAGAGUCACUUGGUGUGGCCGUAUACAUACGUCGGGGUUACCACUGUUUCGGAAGAAAUUUGCUUGGACUCGAAAGAACUUCCGGUGCACCGAGUUUGCCAGGGAAGCUACUUGCACGGGGGCACGUGGUCCGAGCCAUCCGACGAGUGUGCGAGUGACGUUUCACCGUCAACGAGGAGAUUUUACGAGAUAAGCAGGAACGUUCAGGCAUACGACCGUGAAUCAGGCAAUGAAGUUUUGAGGAUAGUUGAAAAUGUAGAGCAGCUCUCGACCGCCGAUAUUUAUUUUCUUUCAAAAAUAAUCGAACACGAGGCUGCGACUCACGUUGCAACGGAAGUGACGCUGGAAGACGUAUCCCGCAUCUCGAUUAUAUUGGACAAGGUGAUGAAAACAGAUUCAACCGUACUCAGACAGUCCGGGAUUCUGAAUUCCACUAAUAUUCUUCUGGACUCCCUUGGUAGGCUGCUGGACUUCGCGUCAACGACGAUCAGUACGGAAUAUCUAACUGAAGACGACGGGUUGAUUAGUAUCGUUACGUCGAAUCUAAUCAUCUACAUAUCAGAUCCGAAUAUCACGAACGUCACUGGACUGGCACUGAUAAAAAACUCCACGAAUUACACCGUGGCGACUAGCUCUUUCUUCGACUUUAACCUCGUGCCUCUGGGUCCUGACCAUAGUAUUGAAAAUGUCGCUGGACUGGGUGACGUUGAGGUGGCGACCUGGCUACCAAGGAAUCUGCUCGACCUGCUCAUGAAGCCAAACUAUACGAAUUUCAACUCGAGCGUAGGAAAUUCUACCGUAAACGAUUCUCUCAGGGUUGUAACCACUCUCUUCUACGAUGACAUAGUGUUCGACAGUGGUUUGAUGGGUCAAAAUCCCAACGAGGUCAGCAGCCGAGUGGUCAGCAUGUCGGUGCCUGGAUACGGCGCAAAUCUUCCGUUUCCGAUACCGCUUCUGUUUAAACCAUUGAAGGGAACUCCGCAGCAAACGAAGACCUGCGCUUUCUGGGACUUCGAUUAUGUCAGCAUUUCUACCGUAGCUUCAUUCAGCGCAUGGUCUGAAGAUGGGUGCCAGGACUCCGGAAGAACACGAGAUCUUUCCGGUGAGUUGAACGUCUGUCUUUGUUCUCAUUUGACGCACUUUGCGCAGUUAGUUUUGGGCCACUUUCCGGGUCCCGAGGAAGUUGGGGACCCAGUUUCCAUCCAGCACGGACAGGCCCUCGAGGUGAUAACGGUCAUUGGUUGCAUCCUGUCCAUGGUCGGUGUAUUCGGCAUUCUGAUAACAGCAACCGUCUUCAAAACUUGGCGGAAGAAGCCUGGCAGCAAAGUCUUGAUCCAACUGGCCUUGGCUUUGGGACUGGAGAAGUUUGUGAUCGGCAUUUUGCCGAUAGUGGAUUCCGUGAAUUAUCCGAUUCCCUGCAUCGUCACUGGCGCAAUUCUUCACUACGCCGUGCUUGCGGAAUUUUCGUGGAUGCUGGUAACCGCUUGGCUUCAGUUCAAAAGAUACGUCACGGUUCUUGGCGCUAAGCGACCACCAAGAUUUUUACUCAAGGCGGCCGGAUUCGCCUGGGGAGUUCCUAUGAUAAUAGUUUCCAUCGUUGCUGGAAUCGAUCCUUACGCCUACAUGCCGGAAACCGAUUCCAGGGUGACUUAUUGCUACGUAUCUGGUAUCGCACAAUACGUCGGUCUCCUCGGACCGGUGAUUACCGUUAUUUCUCUGAACGCAUUUCUGUUCGUUCGCGUAAUUCACAGCAUCCUAGGGGCUCAGAAUAAAAGAUCCAACUUCCAUGGCGAUAAGACCCUUGUCAUCGCGCAACUCAGGCUUGGAAUCAUGCUGUUCUUUCUACUGGGAAUCACCUGGGUAUUUGGUCUGGUCGCGAAAAUGGGGGGUGGCUUGCUAUUCAGUUACCUAUUUUGCAUCACCGCCACCUUACAAGGUUUAGUUUUGUUCACGUUUUUUAUUAUUUGCGACCCAGCCACGAGACAACUAUGGUAUUCGCUUAUUAAACUGAAAGGAAAAACGCCUGGUACAGUCAGCCCAAACUCUUCGCCUAGUAGCGCUGUCAGCGAGUACAGUCAACGUUAUUGAAUCCAAUCGGAUUUCCAUUUCGUGAUUUUAUAAAGAAAUUCGAUUUUCAAUCUAAAUGAUUAUAAAAGUUCUCGGCUUUAGUCUGAUUGGAAAUCUUAUAAGAAUUUGAAAAUUCUCGUGGCGAAUUGUACUCCGUAUUUCUUUGGGGUAGAAAAAAAAGUAUUUCAAAGGAAAAAGUACCGCAUAGCUUUUUUAUCCAAUAAAUAAAAUGAUUAAUCUUCUCCCAAACUCUGCUAUCGUAUUCUUUUAUUGCACAUCCAAGCACUAAUAACACAAGUGAACAUUUGCUUACUGUGACUCAUCUUCCAGGUGUUUUAUUAUUACACACAACGAACGUGGAUGGAAGAUUAAACCUACUUACAUCACAUGACGUUAAUUAGAAAUACCGACGACUGUAUAAAUAUUAUGCAGAAGUAAGAUAUUUCCAAGCUAUUGUCAUCACAGCCCGGAACACGAAUAGUUUCAUUGUACUCAGAUCAAGUUUCGUUAACGAUAUAGAUUACGUUUGAUUUUAAUUAAUGAAGCUGAUCUAUUAUUCUUCUACAA